AUGGCAAUGAAGGGUUUUUUGUAUAGUCAAGACGGUUCAUUCGCCUUUCCACUUGGUCCAAAAGUAACAACAAUUGGUCGAGAAAAUUGCGAUAUCAGUAUAAACAGCCCUCAUGUAGAUGGACAGCACGCUCUCAUGGAAUAUGAUGAUGACAGUCGUUGUUUUAUUUUGAAAGAUUUAAAUUCAACAACUGGAACAUAUGUUCAUGACUGUCGAGUACAAAAUGCAGCUGUUCGAUUAGCUGAUGGAGAUACUAUACGAUUUGGUUACAAUGGAUUACCAAUGGAAUUUAGAAUUGAACAAGAUACUACAAGUACAAUGCCUUCAAUCUACCAACGUCAGUCAAAUGGAAAUUCGUUACAAAUGAUAACGCAGACGAUACCGGCUAGAAGGGCAACAAGUGGCGUACCAUCGACAACUUCAAAUACUAUAGAUGCACUUAAUCCAGUUGUCAAUGGAACAAAUUAUAAGCAAAAUGCGGGAUUUUCAUUGAGAAAUCGGCCAUCAAGUGCGGGUGGCAGCCAAGGACAAAAGAAAACCCUUAAUGGCGGUUUUAUUUCCAAUGGUGUAAGAGAUUCAGUAUCACAACCACCAGUUAGAGCUAAUGCGUGGGUGAAUGGAAUGAAUACAAAUACUCAACAAAAUGGUCUUAGUACUCGAAGUUAUGUUAGUGGUAGUUUUAAUGGUGAACUUGAUAUUUCCCAACAGAAUGAUAACGAAAUAACAAAUCGUGUAACACAAUUAGAGAAAGAAGUCAAAGUUCGAGAUAUGGAAAUUCGUGAUUUAACCGAUAGAUUACGUAAUUUGGAACCAAUAAGUUCCACGUUUACAAAUGAAGUUCACGUCAUGAAAACAGAAUUAGACAAAGUAAAACGAGAAAAACAAGCUGCUUCUGGUCUAGUAUCAAGUUUACAGCGAGAUUUACAUUCAAAAGAAUCAAGUCUAACAAAAUUAAGUCGUGAAGUCGAUGCGUUAAAAACCGAUAGUCGAGAUAAAGAUUUACGAUUACAAUCGUUACAAGCAAAACUCAAUUUAUUACGUGAUCGUGGACGUUCAGAAGAAGAUCGUUAUACAAAAGAAAAGGAACUUGUAAAUUUGCGUAAUAAAAUGAAAUCAGCUGAAAAUCAAGUUCAAGAAUUAAAUGAUGCUGUUAAUCGUUUAAAAUCUCAAUUACAAGAUACUGAAAAACAACUAUUAAGAUAUAAUCAAAAUGAACAAAAAUUAAAACAAGAAUAUGAACAAACGCGUGCACAAUUAAUUGAAACACAAAGAAGUGAAAAUAUUUUACGCACAGAUUUAGAAGAUGUACAAAGAAAGGUUUGUCUUUAUUUAGUUACAAUGAAUAUUAAUCCAUUUAUGCUCAAUGAUCAACACUUGAGAAAUUUUACAGAAUUGCUCAGUAGUGGCGUGUAUAAAUGA